GGCGCGGGCCAGGCUGGGCUCGGGGCGCCGCUUCUUAACGGGCGGCGCGGGACAGCGGGAGGGCUGUGCCGGGCGGGCUGCUGCGAGCCGGGCUGCCGCGAGCCGGGCUGCCGCGCGACAUGAGCGAGAGACAAGGAGCCGGAGCUACAAAUGGAAAAGACAAGACGCCUGGUGAGAAUGAUGGGCAGAAGAAGGUUCAAGAAGAAUUUGACAUAGACAUGGAUGCGCCAGAGACAGAGCGGGCGGCUGUGGCAAUACAGUCCCAGUUCAGAAAAUUCCAGAAGAAAAAAGCGGGGUCCCAGUCUUAGUAGCUACCUCACAGCUUAAAAUGAAGUAAUCCUAAAAUGAUUUAUCCAGAAAAUCAGAAAUAACACAAAGAUGCAUGUACAGAAAUUAUCGAUAUUUAAAACCCCAUUGGCAGAUAACAAACCGUGAGCUUAUGUGUGCGACCUGAUCCCAGCUGUUUCACACCCAUUAUCCUCUGUAACUCACCAUUUUACUCGAUGUUGUAAUAAAAAGUUAGGGUGAAGUAAUUAAAGUGUCUGCCUUCAUCUGUCUUUUCAUAUUAAUCCGUCAGCCACAGCAUUACAAAUGAACCCAGCGCAGAUGCCUGUUUUCCUCUUCACGUAAAGCCUGGAGACAGAGGCGCACCGUAUGUUACGAGAUGUUUGCUGAGGGAUGAGAGCAGGCAUCUCAGCCCUGCUUACCUCAUUUGGAGAAUUCCAGCUGCCAGCCAAAUGUGACAAUAAAAUUGCUGUCUCGUAACGAGCUGAAAGUGAAAAAGUUGCAGACAGAGGAUGGCAUGAGGGGAAGAGGUGUAGGAAGCAGUGAGCAGUUUAUUUUUGUUCUGUGAUUAUGCCAAUAAAGUGGCUUGAGUGGGGAAAUUCUCCCUGUCCUUCCCCUUUGCAUGAUAACGGUCAGAAUUACCCAGCUUGGACCAUGUUGACUGUUAUGGAAAUAAAAUAAUAAAUCAGACACAAAAUAAAAUAAAAUAAAAAUAAAAAAAUCCA